AUGCCAGCAACAGAUUACCACCAUCACGAAUCAUCGUCCUCUUCCUCGAGCUUCGGAUUCUCCAUCCUCAGCCGACGACGGGACCAAGUCAACUCCAUGGACCCCACGCACGGGCUCACGGGCCUACACGCCGAGCUCGAGUCCUUCCAGCGCCAGGUGGCAGAGAGGUUUCACGACCUGGCGUCAGGCAACCCGGAGGACCUCCUUUCGAUCGCCUGGGAGUUAUUCGAGAUGAUAAUGGUUCCUAAUGGGCUCAGAACCUUGACAUCGACGACUACAUCGAUGGCGUCAAAGGAGUCUGCGGAUAACAACCCUGGCCUUCAUACCAAUGUUGAUGAGGCCACCAAUGGCUAUUUUUUACAGCAAACUAUGAUUCGGGUAAAGGAUCCGAAAGUCAGUCUUGACUUCUACUCCCGGAUAAUGGGCAUGUCGUUGCUGAAAAGGUUGGAUUUUUCAGAUUUGAAGUUUAGUUUAUACUUUUUGGGAUAUGAGGAUGUGUCAUCAGCUCCAAGUGAUCCCAUUGAGCGCACGGCUUGGACUUUUAGUCAAAAAGCUGUUCUUGAGCUUACGCACAAUUGGGGCACUGAAGCCGAUCCUGAGUUCAAAGGUUAUCACAAUGGAAACUCGGAUCCUCUUGGUUUUGGACACAUAGGUAUUACUGUAGACAAUGUGCAUAAGGCAUGUGAGAGAUUUGAAAAAUUAGGACUGGAGUUUGUGAAGAAACCCGCUGAUGGAAAAAUGAAGAACAUGGCAUUUGUUAAGGAUCCUGAUGGCUACUGGAUUGAAAUAUUUGAUACGACAAACAUUGCUAAAGCAACUGCUGAAGCCGCCGUUUGA